AUGGCAAUGAAAGGCAUCAGCCUAGGCCUGCACCGCAUCUCGCGGGCCCUCGAAGGUGUCCCCCAGAAAUGGGAUGCUAUUCAUGUCGCCGGCACAAACGGCAAAGGCACCACUUGCACGUACCUAUCAGCCCUGUGCAAAUCUUUUGGCAUCUCAAACGGCCUCUUCACCUCCCCUUACCUAAUAGAGCCGCGCGACGCCAUCAAGAUCAAUGGCACGCCCGUGGCCCAAGACGUCUACGCCGACGUCAACCGCAAGAUCAUCGCCGACGACCAGGCUCGCCUAUCACAGGAUGCCGCCCAGGAAGCCCUCAGCCUCUUUGAGGUGACCACCCUCAUCGCCUUUGGCGUCUUUAGCCGCGCUGAUGUGCAGAUGGGCAUCGUCGAGGUUGGUCUCGGCGGCCGCCUCGACUCCACAAACGCCCUCCGCCGCAAGACCGUCACCGUCAUCACAAAGAUCGGCCUCGACCACCAGGCCUUCCUUGGCAACACCUUGCCCGAGAUCGCCAAGGAAAAGGCCGGCAUCAUGAUGGCCGGCGUUCCGUGUGUCGUCGACGGCAGCAACCCGCCCGAGGUCCUCGAGGUCUUCCGGCAACAUGCCGCCAGCGUCUCGGCGCCGCUGCACCUCACCACGAGCCAGCCCGGUCUGCUCGAGGCUCUGUACGACUCGGAGCUAAUGCCGCAUCAGGCGCAGAACAUGGCGUGCGCCAUUGCGGCUUUCCAACUCGCCUACCCGCACCUUAAUCUUUCUGUGGAAAAGGCCCUGCCGAUUCUGAAGGACGUCAGUCACCUGGGGAGGCUAUCGUGGUUAAAUGUCGAGGCGAAGCAUCCGUCGCGGAAGGAAAAGCCCAUCCUCAUCGACGGUGCUCACAACCCACAGUCAGCCGAGACAUUGUCCACAUACGUCGAGCGACGUCUGCGAGAAGCCGAUAGGCCUGUGACGUGGAUCGUGUCGGUAUCGAAGCAGGACGGAAAGGAUGCCGGCGGUAUGCUGCGCACGUUGCUCAGACCCGGAGACAACGUCGCCUGCGUGAGCUUUUCUCGGCGGGAGACGAUGCCCUGGGUCGAGCCUUUGCCGCUUCAGACCUUGAGGGAGAUGGCCUCGAACGCGGGCGCCAAAGAGGUGUUUGAAAGCAAAGAUGGUCUCGAAGAGGCUACGAGAUGGGCUGUUGAGACCGCCAAAGAUGGCCCGGUUGUCUUGACGGGGAGUCUCUACCUGGUUGGUGACGCAUAUAGAAUCUUGUCGUGA